AUGUCAAGUUAUUCGCUAACACCACGGGAAGCUGCGAUACGAAGCGCCCUCGCACAAAGCUUCUCAGCCACAUUUGAUUUCGUAGAAGGUGCCUUGGAGUGGCCUGCAGCUCCAGGUAUCAACGCGCUGGCAGGGCCAGAUGCUGAAUACUUUGCAUACUACGACACAGAGAAAUACGAAACCAUCAUCCAGGCUGUUGAUGAUCUCGAAGAGUACGUCAAGUCAGAAGGACCGUUUGAUGGUGUUUUGGCCUUCUCACAAGGGGCUGCUUUGGCCGCGAUGCUUAUUGCUCGGGACAAUUUCCCUGCGCCUUUCGCCUUUGCCAUCUUCAUCUGUGGAGGCCCUCCGUUCUCGGAAAAGUCAAUCAAAGAGAGAAACACUCUAAGAUACUGCGAGAAUGAAGUAGACAAGGAAGGAAAGGCUGUACUUGGAGUCCCGACGGUACAUCUCGUCGGAGCUCUUGAUAGAGACCUUGAAACCUGCAUGAAGCUGGUGCAUCUGUCUCGCGAAGAGACAAGGCAGUUUUGGGAGCACCCUGCAGGACACGAAAUCCCUACAGCUCCGAGGGAGGUCACAGACAAGAUGGUUGAGACGAUUGAGAGAGGCAUUGAGAAAGCAAUGAAGGCGCAGUGA